ACACACACACACACACACACACACACACACACACACACACACACACACACACACACACAUACAUACAUACAUAGGCAGACUGUGUAAAAAGAACCCAAUAAAACUUUAAUAACGAGUGAAAAUCGCAAGACACCCCUUGCCAACCCCCCUUCAUCCCUCAAACGCACGCCAGGGAGACAGCAAAGCACGAGUUACAGCAGAACGACUUAACGUACGUACAGUAUUUAUAACCACCUUACUCAUAAGCUAUGUGACUCAAGGACAUCUAAAACAACGUCUUCCAAACCAGAACUCACUUUUCACGCAGUUCUCCUCAUCCGAAUUAAGAUCAAAAUGAAGAAAAGGCGCGCCUAAGUUAACGUCACAGCUGGGGCAAAGGUCAACAAUGAAAAUUAAAAUGGUCAAUUUUGAGUAAAAAUCAUUUGAAAUAUUUUUGCUUAACGUACUCAAAUCCAGAUGACCAAAUAAUGGAUUUUAGGGGAGUUUUAACGAUAUUAAAAGUAACCCGUUUCCCGAGCGCGGGUCGCAGAACUCCUGCGUCCACGCGCGGCUUCCGCUUUCUACUCUGCCUGCCCGCCUUUUUCAGCGCGCUCGCCCUCGCUGCAGUCCUGCGGGUACGAAAGCGCGCGGCCGUCCACCUCAGCAGGGGACAGGGAGGAAGCCGGCGGGCGGCAGAUGCACUGCGGAGGCACAGCGAGAGGCCGAGGACUGGAACGCUGACUGUGAGAGGUGAGUGCAGAGCUCUGGAAAGAAGACAAGAAAGGCGCCGAAGCAGAGUCCGAUACCCGAGUCCGUCUCUAAUGACGCAGUUGUGUUUGAGUUUUAUUACAACUUGCUGGCUCACAAGACUGAAAAGCGGCCUCUUAUUCAAAAACGGGGCCUUCAGGCCUAUUAAUCGGCCUGGCUCCAGACUACACGGCCCGUCAAACCAAAAUGAAGCCAAGACUCGAAAAGGGAGAAGGGAAGCAGAAACACAGAACAGAUGUCCAAUUUCGGCCAGCGUUUCUCCCUUGGCUGAGGUUCAAAGUCGCGUCUCGUGUCUCUUCUGCCCAUUUGUGUGCCAUUCAUUUGUAUUUGUGUUUCUUUUGUUUAUGAUGUGCCUUGUCCUUUGUGUUUAUUUGCUUAUGUCCCAUCAAGGGGCGGGGCCACCUGUCAAUCACUGCCAGGAACCGCCCUCAUACCCUCUCUAGAUUGGAGGCCCUUCUGUCCUCCCUGGUGGUUCAAUUCGAAUGGACGAGGGAGUGGAGGGUCGACUUGUGUGUUGCUGUGCCCUUUUGCUUCUGUGCUUUCCUGGAUUUUUGGAACGUGUGCUCUGCUCGUGACUUCACCGUGGGAUUCUGUGUUUGCUGUGGUUUGACUUGCGAUUUGUUUUGUGCUCAUAGGAGCUUCUUGUAGUGGACAGCCUUUUUAUUUUAUAAAGAGUCUUCUGGGCCCCGUUUGAAUCUGACUGGGAUUUGAACAGCAACCACCACCCCUUGAACUGGUAUUUCUGGGACUUCUGGGCUUUUGGAACUCCUGAGUCACAACACAGUAAAGUGAAAGAAUGUAUUACAAUACAUUUAGAAAGAAGACAACGACAAAAGACUGGAACCGAGAUGUUUAUGUAAAAUCUUUAACCCGUAGGGCGGCGUGGUGGCUCUCUGGCUAAAAACCUGGCAGUGACAGAAGGAGUGCCACUCCGCUGGGCCCUUGAGUAAGGGCCCUUAACCUGCCAUGACUCCACAAGCCCUGUGUGACCGACCCCAAAACUCUCUGUUGGGUAAGCGAAA